GAAGCUUGACAGCGCGGAGCUGGCGCUGCGGAGCGCAGGCGGCCGUGCCGGUUCCUCCGGCCGGCAUCUGCCAGGACAGCUCGCUGCGCCGGACCUGCUCGGCUUCGGAGGGUGACCGAGUCUCGCGGAGCAAUGUUUCUGACCCUGCUGCUGCUCCUCCGAGUCCCCUAGAAGCCUGUCUCUUGGUACAGCCCAGGACCUCCAGCCCCAUGGAACCCCCGAUCGCACAGAGUGUGCCCUUGACUCCCAGCUCAGUCAUGGUGCAGCCCCUCCUUGACAGCCGCAUGCCCCACGGCCGCCUCCAGCACCCUCUGACCAUCCUCCCCAUCGACCAGAUGAAGACCAGCCACGUAGAGAACGACUACAUCGACAACCCUGGCCUAGCACCUGCUCCGGGGCCCAAGCGGACCCGGGCUGGGGCCCCAGACCUGGCGCCCACACCUGCCCGCUGUGACCAGGACGUCACCCACCACUGGAUCUCCUUCAGUGGCCGCCCCAGCUCUGUGAGCAGCAGCAGCAGCACGUCCUCCGACCAGCGGCUGCUGGACCACAUGGUGCCGCCGCCCAUCGCCGACCAGGCCUCCCCCAGGGCCGUCCGCGUCCAGCCCAAGGCCGUCCACUGCAAGCCGCUGGACCUCAAGGCUGCCACUCUGCCCCCGGAGCUGGACAAGCACUUCCUGCUGUGUGAGGCGUGCGGGAAGUGCAAGUGCAAGGAGUGUGCUUCUCCUCGGACGUUGCCCUCCUGCUGGGUGUGCAACCAGGAGUGCCUAUGCUCGGCCCAGACCCUGGUCAACUACGGCUCGUGCAUGUGCCUGGUACAGGGCGUCUUCUAUCACUGCACCAACGAGGACGACGAGGGUUCCUGCGCCGACCACCCAUGCUCCUGCUCACACUCAAACUGCUGCGCCCGCUGGUCCUUCAUGGGUGCCCUCUCGCUGGUGCUGCCCUGCCUGCUCUGCUACCUGCCUGCCACGGGCUGUGUGAAACUGGCCCAGCGCGGCUAUGACCGCCUGCGCCGGCCCGGCUGCCGCUGCAAGCACACAAACAGCGUCAUCUGCAAAGCGGCCAGCGGGGAUGCCAAGGCUGGCAGACCGGACAAGCCUUUCUGACACUUGGGGGGGGGUCUCUUAACCCCUCACGGUCCCUUGGGACCUUUGGUUCCCUUCUGAUGCCUGGACAAAACCCGCUG